AUAACUUUAUUAAUUGUUUUUAUAAAUAAAAAGAUUAUGAGAUAUAGAAGAAUUUUUAAUUAUUUUGUUUUACAAGAGAGUUUAGGUUUAGUGUUUUUAUUAUUGUUUUUUAGUUUUUUUCCUGUAUUAAUUAUAAUGAUUAAGAUUGGUAUUGCUCCUUUUCAUUUUUGGUUAUUUAAGGUUGUAAGGGGUAUGUAUAGUUUUAAUUUAGUUUGGAUAUUGGUAAUUUCUUCUGUGGAGUCUUUUAAUUGGGUUUUGGUUAGUUUAUCAAUGUCUUUUUUUAAUGUUUUUUACUUGAUUUUUUACUACUUGUUUUUGAUAAUGUUUUUGAUUUAUAAAUUUGAUGUUGUAGGAAAUUUAGGUACUGGUUUUAGAUGGGAAUUAGUGUUAGUAUUUAUGAAUAUGCCUUUUAGGUUGGGAUUUUUUAUUAAAAUUAUGAUAUUAAUAGAGUUUUUAAAAAGUUUUGGAAUUUAUUUGAAUGUGAUUAUGAUGAUAAUUUUAACUCAUUUAUUUACUGCCUUUUUCUUCUUAAUGUUUUUAGUUGAUUGGCUACUUUGUUUGGGAUGA